AUGGCAAGACGAUCGAGCAAAAGCUCGGCCGCUCGGCCAGCGACUCGAACAGCGAGCUCAAUACGCAUCGUGAUGCCUACCCCGAGCCAAGCACCUGCGAAUCCCCCGCCUUCUGAUGCCGUUACCGAAGAGGAUGUGAACAAACUCAGCCUCGCCGACCUUACCAUCGACGUCCCUCUCAUACCUUUCAAUAAGCCGAAGCGCCGGGUGCCUGCAUCACCAUUCCACUUUCUCUCUCUUCCCGCCGAAGUGCGCAUACAGAUCUACACAUAUUUCUUCGACGACAUUCCAACUCUUCUGGAUCUCAACCCUAACAAUUACAAACUCAUACACAAGAAGCUAGGCCUCAUGCGAGUGUGCAGACAAGUUCAUGAUGAGGCGACCUUCGCUUUCUACAGCACACGAACAUUUCGGUUAUUUCCCACGUACCCUGGCAAGUACUUCAAAACCAAGAAGCCCUUGUUGGCGCGAUUGAAGCAGCAACAACGUCGAUACGUUACGUCUCUAGAAUUGCGCCUUGGACCAGGAUGGAAUGCGCCGCCUCGAGGAUGGGUUGUGAAUCCGGCGCUUGGACUUGCUGACUGUGUUGAGGUCGAGCGCUUGAACGUCUUUGUCGAAUGCGACCCCAGUGAUAAUAUCUUUCAAGGUUGGCGCCGCUCAGAUGGGUUUUACGAGGGGUUCAGCCGGAACCUGCUUAACGAUGUGUUGGAAGCACUACCUUCUGUCCACACCAUUCAGUUCGACGGCUGGACCAGCGUGAAGAAGUCCGGGGAUAUGAUGCAAGGACUUAUGAAGAUCGUGGAAGAGGCUGGUCUUAGCAUCGAAUGGGGUCCUAAAAGAGGAUGGACAGAUGCAUCAGACGGCGAAGAAGACCAAGCCCAGGGGGAGAAGCCUUACCCCGAGGGGCUCCCUUAUCCCGGAUAUGAAGAGGAUUCGCCACCAUGGGCCUAA